AUAUAAACAAAAAAUAAUUCACCGACUAAUAAAACUUAAAAUUUUCUUAAUUUUUUUCCGGACCGGAAACCGCAGCUCCGUUGCCGGAAAAUAUUUAUAUUUAGUAAAAUUUGCUACACUAGAUUGAUCAAUAUAGGGUUCCGGCGAAGAUUAUAUAGUGAAGGAAUGGCGAAAGUCAGAUUAAAUCGGCAUCAAGGGAAGAGAUCAUCGACAGUAGUUUUAGUACUUUCAAUGCUUUUAAUGCUAACAGUUGUGCUAUUAAUGCUUCUGGCUCUCGGCAUUUUUAAUCUUCCAGUUGGUUCCGAUGAUGAACCGUCUUCGUCUACUUACGAUCACAUCAAGUUGAAGCGGUUGAACUUGAACGUAGGGGAAGGUGACGGAUUGGGGAAAAGAGGUGAACAGUGGACGGAGAUCUUAUCUUGGGAGCCUCGUGCAUUUGUUUACCAUAAUUUCUUGUCCAAGGAAGAAUGUGAAUACUUGAUAAAUCAAGCCAAACCUCAUAUGAAGAAGUCAACAGUUGUUGAUAGCACAACCGGUCAGAGUAAGGAUAGCAGGGUUCGUACAAGUUCAGGAAUGUUUUUGAGGAGGGGACGAGAUAGAGUUAUCAGAAAUAUUGAGAAGAGGAUAGCAGAUUAUACAUUCAUUCCUGUAGAACAUGGAGAAGGUCUACAAGUUUUACAUUAUGAAGCUGGACAGAAGUAUGAGCCUCAUUUUGACUACUUUCUUGAUGACUUCAACACCAAAAAUGGGGGCCAACGCAUAGCUACUGUUCUCAUGUAUCUAUCAGACGUUGAAGAAGGGGGUGAGACUAUUUUCCCAGCAGCAAAGGGAAACUUCAGCUCUAGACCUGGGUGGAAUGAGUUGUCAGAAUGUGCUAAAAGGGGCCUCUCUGUCAAGCCAAAGAUGGGGGAUGCUUUACUUUUCUGGAGCAUGCGGCCUGAUGCUACAUUGGAUCCAUCAAGUUUGCAUGGUGGCUGCCCUGUGAUUAAAGGGCACAAAUGGUCGUCUACCAAGUGGAUGCAUGUUGGUGAAUACAAGAACUGAUUUUCUUUCAAAAAGAUAUUUAGGCCAAGGUACAGGCUGUAAUGGAUCCCGCUCCUCCAGUAGACAUUGAUGGUAUUGGUAAAAAUUGUUUAGACUUCUACCGCUGAUGUGAUGGUUAUUGCCAGACUUCCAUUAACAUAUACGCAGGCCAUUUGCUUGCCAGUUUUGAAGAAUUAAUACAUAUUUGUGGUUUCCGUAAUAGUUUAGUUAGGUCAGAGUAGUUGGCGGGUAGCUGUAUCAGAAAUCAGAGUUUGAAUUAUGUUAUCUAUUGCAUGGUGCCUGUUUUAUA